ACCCGGAAGUACGUCGUUUUUUUUUUACGCGGUUUUAGUUUUAUUUCUUCACCUCACGGCGGGAGAAGUUCAAGGCGGUGAAGGCAUGCAGUCCAAACAGCAAGAUGAGGCCAAGUCUGAUAUUUCUCCCGUUCUUUUUAUGUCCGUUGAUGGUGAGCCCAUGUGCUUUUUCCUGAGGCCGGGUUCUGCCAAAUGUAAGCUCCAGCCGCUCAUCACGGCUGGAGGAGGUGUGGUGUGCAAUGUCCAGCAGCCUGGGGCCAUCCUGCUGAUUGAUCCUGAUGAACGAGCCUCAGUUCCACAAAGUACAGCACACUGGUAUGUGUCCACCCAUUACAUUCACGACUGUAUUGAGAAAGAUGUCCAGUUGGAGUUAGAGGACUAUAGAUUAGAUCCCAAAAAAAGUGAGAGUCCUACUAAACCUGGUGACAACAAGGACAGUAAUCCUAACUCAUUGGGAGGCCGUGUAUUUUACACCGCUGAGGAGGAUGCUGCCAUUCUCAGUUACGUUGUCAAGGACAAGUCCAGAGCUGGUGGGAUCCAUCUGUGGCAGGAAAUGGAGGAGAAGAAAGUGACCACCCGCAGCUGGCAGUCCAUGAAAGCUCGUUAUCAAAAACACCUACGUUACAAACAGGCACAUGAUCAGGAGGCGGCAGGAGCCGAACAAAUCACCCAGGUCGAUGCAAAUCAAGACAAGGCCGCUGAAAAUCCUUCCUGUCAAGAUGUUUCUCAGCAGAAGAGUUCAGCAGACACAAAUCUGACACAGAUUGAUGUUCAGCCCUCCCCGACUGAAUCUGCUCAACCAGAGAAUGUAGAAGCUGGACCUUCUACCUCCACCCACCCUACAGGGUGUGGUGUCGACACACAGACAGAUGUCGACCCUGCACAACCCGAGGAUACCCAAAUGGAACCAACAGAACCACAAGAAGCUGUCGUCUCUGAACCCGAAGAACUUACAAAAGGUCAAGUUGAGUCCCCAUCAGACUCCUCAUCUGAGAAAAAGCCAGACGAGGAUCAGAAUGCGUCUCGUAAAGUGGACCAACCACAGCGUCAAUCAGUGCGCAGAAAGCUGCGCCUUCACAAGGAACCAUCACCUGAGUUUAGCGGAAGAAAACUCAGAUCUUCCUCAAAACCUCCUCAACAGCCUGUGAGGAGAACUAAAUCAGCAGCUGAGCCUCCUUCUCAGAACGCCGCAAAUGCAGACGAACCACUACCGAAGAGGUACAGAAUUAGGAUUAAAAUGCGAGUGGCACAGGACAGUGUGAACCGACUGAUGGAGAGUCCACAAGGUUCCUCAUCAACAGCUCAGCAUGAUGGAUGUAAUUCAUCACUUCACAAUAGAGAGACGCCAUUGGGAAUUCUGGAGAUGGCAGCAAAAGAAUUUGGUUCCAGCAGUGAGUCUGGAGAUGAGGCCAUGGAUCUCUCACCCCCUGACGGAAAAGGGCAGAAACACUCGACACCCAUCAAACCCUGCCUCACUGCAGAACCAGCUGCAGACACUGCUUCCUCACUCUCCGAAACUGAUGAUGGAACCCAAGUUCAGGAGAAGGUAGACAAUCCCCAGACCUCCACUGGAACCCACCCAGCAGAGACAGAAUGCCCUAAACCUGCAGGUCCUGACCCUGUCCAGUCCAGGGCACACCAGUUCAUAUUUGACAGCGAAUCUCAGGAAGAAGGCUCUCAGUCCAAAGAUGAUGGGAACACACCAGGCACGUCUCAGUCCCAGGCGGAAGCAGCUGACCACGCUGCCUUCUCACUGACUCAGGACCAGCUGGAUGAGGACAAGCAGCUUGUCACAGAGUUGAUGACCCAGACCGCCCAUGACUUAGUUUGUGUCACCAUGGCCUUGUUGAGGAGCAGUGGAGAUGUCGGCACCGCGAGGCAUCUCCUUUCGGAUCCGUCCUACACUCUCGGCCCGCAGUGGAGUGCCCAUGACGACAGUCUUUUGCGGUCAGGCGACUCCGCGGCCCGCCAGCAGCUGGUACAGAAAUAUGGUGAAGAAGAAGUCGCAAAGAGAAUGGUGUUCCUGGAGGUUGAGUGAUAAAGUAUGAAGAGCUGGUUAAUGUCCAUCACUACAGAUAUAAUGUUUGCACUAGAGUUUAAUGUGAGGAGAGUAAAAAGGUUCUCUGCUCCUCAUUAACCGUUUAAUGUGACAGUGUGUUUAAAAUUUUUGUCAAGCAAAAGUGGAGUUUUCUUUUAACAGGAAGAGUAAAAUGGUUAUUUGUUCAUUGCUGCUCCUGAAUAACUGCUAAGAAGUUUAAUGCAAGUUUUAAAUUGCAAAGUCAGAAAGUAAGAAACGUUGAAAAGUGUUGUGUGUCGUUCUCUUGACAAUCCAAGCUUUUAGUGUAUUUUGAAGAUAAAGUG